AUGGCUGCCCUGAAGCCGAAGGCUGGAGAGGCUCAGGGAGCAAGGAUAAAUCAGCCCCUUAACCCGGAGAUCAUGGCGGCCAUACCAUCGAAGCGUUUCCGCAUUCCGGCCAUUAAGCCUUAUGCGGGGACCUCUGACCUGAUGGAUCACCUUGAUCUCUUUACCUCUCACAUGAUGGUACAGGACGCCUCAGACGCGAUGUGGUGUAGGGUUUUCUUGGCCACCCUGGAGGGGCAUGCACGGGCUUGCUUUCUAGCGCAUUUUGCACCUCUCCGGAGGCAUCAAAGGUCCACCAUGGACUUGGUAAGUAUGAAGCAGAACCAAGGAGAGCCCUUGAAGGACUUCGUCUCACGUUUUAAUAUGGAAGCCUUGAGUAUAGAGAACUUUGACCAUAAUGUAGCUAUGGUGGCGUUCCAGAACGCCCUGAGGCCCGGCCCUUUCGCCCAGUCAUUAGCCAAAAUGCCCCCGAUUACAUUCAUGGACAUAUUGGGUCGGGCCACGAAGUACAUAAAUGCCAAAGAGGUCAUGCAGGCUAAGAGGGUGGAGCAUGUGGAGAAGAAGGAUAAAAAGAAGCAUCAUGAGGAAAGGAAGAGUGACGACCGAAGGGAAAAACAUCGUCCUCGGUGCGAUUCGGGUGGUUUUACUCCUCUGAAUGCCCCGAGGGCAGAUAUCCUUGCUACUAUUAAGGGUAAAGACUACUUGAAAAAGCCUCGACCGAUAAAGGCACCGUCCGACAAAAGGAACCGAAGUAAAUACUGCUAUUUCCAUCGGGAUCAUGGUCAUGAUACGGAGGAAUGUCACCAAUUAAAGGAGGAGAUCCAGGAGCUCAUCAAUCGGGGUUUCCUGAAGAGCUAUGUGGCCAAAGCAGGCGAUUCUCGGAGAAGGAGGGACCAGCGGUCGCGAUCAAGGAUCCCCCCUAAGAGGGACCGCGCGGAUGAUCGAGAUCGGGCUCAGCGGGAGAGAUUGCAUCGGGGGGAAGACGAUCAUCUUCAGCCUCCAGUAUUCCAUACACUCGCAGUAGGGGAGGUCCCGGUCAUGAAGGGUGAAGGAGGUGGUGCCGUCCGGCUGAAAAGAUCAAGGAGUGUGGAUCCAAUCUCUUUUUCAGAUAGCGACCUCCCAGGAUACCCAAAUCGAAAUGAUCCGCUGGUGAUAACAACCGAGCUCGGGAAAUGGGAGCUUCGGCGGAUCCUCGUGGAUCCAAGGAGCUCUUCGGAAAUCUUGUAUCGGCAGGCCUUCUUAGGCAUGGGGUACGAAAUGACGCAGUUGAGGACAUCGAGGGUCCCUUUCUAA